CUUGUAAGAAACGAAACCUAUGCGUUCUUCCGUUUCUUCAAGAUCCACCCUUCUAUAAAUUUGCCACUGCUUCCAUAUUCCUAUUUGUAUUUGAAUUUUCCACCUUCCCCUGUAUACACUAAAAAGAAUGAGUCAGAGACUGGGACAUGGUCAAUGGUUUUAGGGGAAGACGAUAAAGACCUCGCUUCCGGUGCCGGUGGCCGUGGCGGUGGUCAUCGGAGAACAUAUUCGCGUUCAGUUUCAUGGACUGACCGGUCGCCGGCGACUCGCAAGCCGGCGGCGAAUAACAAACCAAGAUCGUUGCUGCCACCCCUUCAGCCUCUCUCCAUCAACAAGCGGAGCGUUGAGGAGUGGCCAAGUGCUGGAUCUGAUGAUCUUGGAAUUUGGCCACUUCCAGAGACUCCGAGAGGAUCCGUGAUGGGUUCGGAUUCGGGUCAACCCGGGAAGGAGUUUCAGUUCAAGAGGGAGAAGUUGGCGUUCUAUGACAAGGAAUGUUCGAGAAUCGCGGAGCAUGUGUACUUGGGAAGUGAUACGGUGGCGAAGAACCAUGAGCUUCUAAGGCAGAAUGGGAUCACGCACGUGCUUAAUUGUGUUGGGUUCGUUUGUCCUGAGUAUUUCAAGAGCGAUUUUGUGUAUAAGACACUCUGGUUGCAGGAUAGUCCAACAGAGGACAUAACUAGUAUUCUGUACGAUGUGUUCGAUUACUUUGAGGAUGUUCGACAACAAGGUGGGCGUGUUCUUGUUCAUUGCUGUCAAGGGGUUUCUAGAUCAACCUCUUUGGUGAUUGCAUAUAUCAUGUGGAGGGAGGGACAGAGCUUUGAAGAUGCGUUUCAGUAUGUGAAGAAUGCAAGAGGUGUUACAAAUCCAAACAUGGGUUUUGCUUGUCAACUCUUGCAGUGUCAGAAAAGGGUACAUGCUAUGCCUGCAAGUCCAAAUUCUCUUGUUAGGAUGUAUCGGAUGGCUCCUCAUUCUCCUUAUGACCCUCUUCAUUUGGUCCCCAAAAUGGUUGACCAGCCAUGUGCACAAGCACUUGAUUCUCGUGGGGCCUUCAUUGUCCAUGUUCCUUCUGCUAUAUAUGUUUGGAUUGGUAAAAAUUGUAGUUCGAUGAUGUCUUGCAAUGCACGAUCAGCAGCCAUUCAGGUCAUCCGUUAUGAGAAGGCAAAGGGUCCAAUUCUUAGCAUCCAUGAAGAUGAAGAGCCACCAGAGUUUUGGGUUGCUCUUUCCAAUCAGCAACUGUUAUCAGGUAAUUGUGACAAGGCAGAGGACAAGAAUGAUAUAGUAUUGUUGCCUUCUUCGGAUGGGAUGGAGAUUGAUGCUGCAGUUGAUAUGGGAAUUCGUUCAAGGAAAGUUGAUGAAUAUGAUUUGGAUUUUGGGAUUUUCCACAAGGCGCUCGCUGGUGGGUUUGUUCCGCCUUUUUCUUUGUCUAAUACUGGAUCAGAAACUGAAACUUGCCUUCCUGCUAGAGAAAAUGGUUGGGGAAGACUGAGGAAGAAGCUUGCUAGUGGUAUCGUGAAAGGAUUGUUCACAUCCUCCAAAUGCUGUGAUGCAACCUCAUCCAAAGAUGAAUCGAGUGUGAACAUGGAAGAAGAAAAUCAACAUUCUGUAGUUGACCCUUUAUCACCAUCAUCAAACCAUCUUUGUGGUUCACCUGAUUCCUUUGAAUGUUUUGUAGAUAACAGCUCGGACAAGGCUAAAGAUUAUCCUGAAGUCAUGGAUCACUUUGUUCCUAUUGUUGAUUCACCAUCACUGCCACCAUCUCCUCACCAAACUUCAAAUUCUUUUCCUUGUUUUCUUAGCAGCAGCCCGAAAUUCAGUUCCAAGUCGCCAACACUUUCACCCUGCAGUUCUGAUUAUGCCAGUUCCUUUACAUUCUCACCUUCAUCUACAAAUUGGUCUGACUUGUCAUUCAUGUCUUCUCAGCAGCCAUCACCUUCUAGCCUGGAAUCAACUGAACCCUUUUAUGUUAAAGAUGCAUCUAUCUCAGAAAAUUCAGGUUUACUCCACAAAGAAGCUCUCUCUUCAUCUUCAGAGCCAUUUUUGGCUAAUCACACCUUGGUAGGGGCAAACACCAAUUUUCCGUGCAAAGGAUCUAAUCCCUCCAUUGCAGAGCGCAGAGGGAGUAAUCCACCACCUCGCAUGUUGCUAACCUCGGUCAGUGAAUCAUCCCAACCCCACAAGAUCAUGGUAAAAUCACAGUCAUUCUCUUUACCUGACUUAGAUGAUAAUUUGAAGAAGGAUGUUAGAUGCAAUCAAUCUGAUCUUGAAAACAGUGGAAAAUGGCUGACAUCAGAUGCUGAUAACGUAAGUACAGAAGUUGAAAGUGAGAUUACUGACAGAGAAUCAAUGUAGUAUGGUACUAUGUCAUGUAGCAUGAUUGUUAUGCUGAAAGUAGAAAACUUUUAAGAGAAAGUUAACUUGAUGACAAUGGUUCAGUUUUGUCCUGUAUAGCCAUAGUUGAGCCCAAAUGAUCUAUUUUUGGAGAUGAAUAUGCACUGUAAGGUUCAGUCUGAAUAUUGGUGCAUGCCUGCAAGGUGUAACUACACUGUCUGAAUACUGGUUCAGUCUGAAGUGCAUAACAAUGAUCAAAUUUAAGUGAAUACAAAGUCUUUUUUUUUUUUUUUUUUUUGGCUAUUUUUCUUGUUCUUGUUUAUUCAAGCCACCAGCCAGUAUGAAAGAUAUUGCUGUUUUGGGAUGGCA